GCACAGAUUGGGGCAUGGUGCGUGUUAAACCUAUGGGAAGUACGUUCUUUCCCUUCUGAAUAGUGUCUGCACGCCGAGACUAGUCAUGUUUCAACUUUCGACGAAUCGACACACGUACAUCAUGACAUGCACGCUGUCGAGGGUCGCGGAGAAUUGCGCCACUUUUCGAAGUCAAUUGCGCUGCCGCUCUAUCGCUAUACGCAUAGCACUGCGAAGAAGUUUGAAUAUCCAUCGCGAACUAUGUCAUGAUGUGUUUGGAUAACGUUCCUCUUCGUUUAAGGGCAAUAUUGCCAGACGAUCUAGUUCAGGACAUACAUGUAUGUUCCUUCGAUGAUGAUGAUGGUCCCAACUUUUCGGCAACCUUUCGCCUGAAGACGAAAACAAUUGAUAGUUGGCAGCAGUGGCUUUCGGCUUUUCAAGAGACUAAAGUCACAUGGAGGGUAAAAACAACCAUGCCAGCAUGUGGUCGAUCUGUGAUAUUCAAGAAACAGUACAGAUGCCAGCACGGGCAACAAAGAAACAAACAGUACUCACAUUUCCACCCAAAAAACACAAAUUGUGUAUCAACUAUGACAGUGACCAUCAGGAAAACCGAAUAUUCAAGGAAAAGGCAGAGCAGGAGUUUAGAUACCCACAUGCCGGAAUGGCCAACUCAAGUGGUGAUAGCCUGGAACCACAACCAUGUAUUGGACAUCCCCGCCUCACUCAAAUACAGGGAUGUGGGUGAGGAUGCAGUGAAGAACCUUCAAGAACUGUUCGAGCAGGGGCAUUCUCCACAAACCGCUCUCACCAUAUUGCAUAGUGAUAUGCAAGUUGAUGACCCCGAGGGAUAUAUCACAAAAUCUGCCGACAGGGCUGUGUGUCCAGACCUUCAAUUUUGUUAUAGACUAUACUACCACAUUUUUAAACAAAAAUAUGGAGCUGGGAAUGGACAAGAGAUGAUUGAUGCCAUUGAAGAGAGAGUGUUCGCCCCAUACAACGCUGAGAUGGGAAUGAAGUGUGUGUCCAUGACCAAAGAAGAUGACCACAUCAUCAUAGCCAUUUGCACACCAAUGAUGAGGAGGGUGCACACAACAAGACAGAGUGGAGAGAUGGUGUUCAUAGAUUCAACAGGUAAUAUUGAUCGCCAUGGUAGCCGAUUAUUCAUACUCUUGACACACAACAGUGCUGGUGGUCUACCUCUGGGUAUUAUGAUAACGUCAUGUGAACAGCAGAGUGUGAUAGAGAAGGGUUUGAACCUUCUCACUGAGGUGAUGCCUCCUGAUUGCUUCAAUGGUAGAGGAGCUGCUGGGCCGAACAUCUUCAUCACCGAUGAUUGCACAGCUGAGCGGACAGCACUGCGGAAUGUCUACCCCUCCUCCACCUUGCUGUUGUGCAUAUUCCACGUCCUUCAAGCAGCAUGGCGCUGGUUGUGGGAUAGCAAGCAUGGAAUUCCCAAAGGUUCAAGACAACCCUUGUUCCAGAACAUCAAGCGCAUAAUGUAUGCAUCUACCCCCGAAGAAGCUGCCACAAUACACUCAGAUGCUUCUGAAGACCCUCUUACAUUAAGAUAUCCGAAGUACCUAGAAUACCUGAACGCAUUGUAUGAGAGGCGAGCCUUUUGGGCACUGUCAUUCCGAUCAUCCCUUCUUGUCCGCGGAAACAAUACGAAUAAUUACGCGGAAGCUGCGAUGAGGGUGCUAAAAGAUAACAUUCUUCACAGGACCAAAGCCUUCAACAUCCCUCAACUAGUGCACUUCAUCUUGUCUCGCCUUGGACCGCAUUAUCAGAGAAAACUUGUUGCUGUUGCAAACCAGAGACCCAUGAUAUCUACUCGAAUGAAGCCUACAAGCUGCAAAAAGGAAGAUAUCUCAAAGGUAUAAAGUUAUAUACUUUGGCAUGAUAUCAAAGUUGUUGAUUUUGUACCUGCACCUUGAAUGGCAUAAGAUUUGAUCCAAAAAUUCAAAAUUGUGAUUUAUAUGUUGUAAACUUUUAGAAAUAUAAACGAUAAAUCAUUUGAAAAAUUGGGCCAUUAAUCAC